AUGGAUGCUGCCUACGCCCUCGAACUUUUUCACAAUAAGUCGGCGGAAAAGCUCAGUGUGAAUGAACUGAGACCCGAAGAGGCGCAAACCCUCUUCUCUCCGAUCGAUCUAGAACGUCUACAAAAAUACUCACGAUCACUUGUGGAUUUCCACGUGAUCAGUGAUCUGCUUCCCAAUUUGGCUCGUUUGUUUUUCGGUAAUCGAUUACCCGGUGUCCGAUUGAAUAAAACUCAACAGGUAAUUCUCCUCGGUCUUGGAUUGCAACACAAGACGGUCGAACGUUUGGCUUCAGAGUUCAAUCGACUAUUAGGAGACUCAAAUUCCGUCGAAAAAGGAAUGCCCAAUCGCCAAGCCGCGGACGCUAGUGCCAUUUUGGCGCGCUUAGAGGACACAAACACCACUGAUUGCGGCACACUGGAAACAGUCUCUUCAAGUCUCCGACCGAAAGAUACCGAAAGCCCAGGUGGCACUGGCUGGGCCAAAAGAAUUCGUGGGCUCUUGUUUGUGAUGGUACGCGAGUUGGUCCGCUCACUGGAACAAAUAGUCAGAUCGCGGGAGAAGAACGAACAUAUGAACACUCUACUCCCUGCGAAGGGUCAAAGUCUGACGGUGACUGGAUCUGGUCGGUCUAAAAUCAGUACUUCUGGUUUUCUAAGAGAGCAGUGGAAUAAAUGGGCUUUGGCACUUGUAGAUGACUAUACGCUCCAUAUACACAAAGAUGAAUCAGCUUUUGACAGUAUGGGCGAUUCACAGUGCCAAUAG